GCAGUGGGAUUGGCGUUUAUUAGGGACAAUGUUCCUCUCCUUAUAGUGUUAUUCGCCGAAAAAAAAGGUGUUUCUGGAGAGGGAGUACGGAACAUGAUUUCUAUACUCAUGGCACAGUUUGCAUUUGAAACGGAUAUUAAUAGUAUCUUAAAACUGGAUACACCCAUCACAAAUGCACCUCUAGCAAGAUGGCAGCGGAAAGCGAAGGAGGGCAACUGCUCUUCAUUAAAUACUUCUGCAAAUACUAGUACUUUGUCUCCAAUGAAGGCAUCAAACCGAUCCCACAGUUCCAGCAAAACGCCAUCAAAAACACCAGGAAAGUCUGGGCCAAAAAUGCAAGGUACGCCUUCCAGAGCUGGAGGGGAUCGUUUCAUUCCCAACCGCAGUGCAAUGCAGAUGGAUGUUGCUAGCUUUCUUCUUUGCAAAGAGAAUGAUCCAGUAGACACUUCACCUACAAAAAAGGAGCAGCAAAAAGCCUGGGCAAUGAAUCUCAAUGGCUUUGAUAUGGAAGAGGCGAAAAUCUUAAGACUUGGUGGUAGACCUCAAAAUGCUCCUGAAGGGUAUCAGAAUAACUUGAAAGUGCUGUACAGCCAAAAAACCACCCCUGGCUCCAGUAAGAAAACAGGCAGAUAUAUACCUUCCAUGCCAGAUAGAGUCCUGGAUGCUCCAGAUAUCCGGAAUGACUACUACCUGAAUCUGAUUGACUGGAGCUCUCAGAAUGCCCUUGCUGUUGCUUUAAAUGACUCUGUUUAUCUUUGGAAUUAUGCAACUGGAGACAUAAUACUCCUGCUACAGAUGGAGAACUCUGAAGAAUAUAUAUCAUCUGUGUCAUGGAUCAAGGAAGGAAAUUACCUUGCAGUGGGGUCUAGUAAUGCAGAAGUGCAGUUAUGGGAUGUUCAGCAGCAAAAACGUCUUCGUAAUAUGAUCAGCCAUUCAUCACGUGUUGGAGCUUUGAAUUGGAACAAUCAUAUCCUUUCCAGUGGUUCACGAACAGGACAUAUUCAUCAUCAUGAUGUCCGAGUAGCCCAGCAUCAUGUAUCCACCCUAGCCGGUCACACUCAGGAGGUAUGUGGCCUUAAAUGGUCUCCAGAUGGCCGCUAUCUUGCCAGUGGCGCAAAUGACAACUUGGUGAAUGUAUGGCCUUGUGUUCAAGGAGAUUCAGGGGAGUUUUCGCCAGUGCAAACAUUCACACAACAUCAAGCAGCUGUUAAGGCUGUUGCAUGGUGCCCAUGGCAAUCCAAUGUGCUAGCAACUGGUGGGGGAACUAGCGACCGACACCUUCGAAUCUGGAAUGUUUGCUCUGGAACAUGCUUAAAUUCUGUCGAUACUCAUUCUCAGGUGUGCUCCAUAGUAUGGUCUACAAAUUACAAAGAAUUGAUAUCCGGUCAUGGAUUUGCACAGAAUCAGCUUGUGCUGUGGAAAUAUCCCACUAUGACAAGAGUGACAGAACUUAAAGGUCACACUGCUCGAGUGCUUAAUCUAGCAAUGAGCCCAGACGGCUGCACUGUGGCUUCGGCUGCUGCGGAUGAAACGCUGCGAUUGUGGAAAUGCUUUGAGGUGGAUCCUGUCACAAAGAAAGAAAAGGAAAAGGCGCGCAGCAGCAAGAGCAUCAUUCACCAAAGCAUCCGAUGAACAAACUUUGCUUUUUGUUUUUAAACUCGUGCCUAAUGUAUAUUUUAUAUAUUGUGAAAUAAAGCCUUAAAUGUUGUAUAAUUUUACUGUUUGAUACUGUAGAAAGAUGGAACUUUAUUGAGACGCACCUGUUGGAACUGCUGUAUUGGUCUGAGAUUUUCUAACCCCACUUCUGCCCAUAUACUGGUGUAGGCAACUAUUUGUACCCUGACCCGUGUAGAGGUUUUUAACAUGUAUCCAUUUAUGUCCAGUCUUCCUGACUCUUUGUUUUUUCAUUCAUAAAAAGGGUUUUAAUUUUAAAGAGGUGUAUUAAUACUGCAAUGGAAUGGGGAAAUAGAAUGACGGUUAACCUAUAGCUGCAAUUUGUGCUUCUGUAUACUUGUUGUGUUGAUCCUAGUAAAGUAUUCAGUGUCGUACACUGCUGUAGUAACAUCCUACACCUUUAGUGCAGUAGUGGUAAUAGCAGGCAAUAUUCACCUGUCAUUAUGUGUGUGUGUGGCCUAUGGGUAUAGUAAAAUGUCUUAUGUCCACCCUCACCAAUGUAUAAGGCUGUGGUUCAACCAAUGUAAUAAAACUGUAAAUAAUUGUA